AUGAGUAGCCGCAACCCCAAUACGUUAAUGAGUGUUCCUGACGAACAAUUUGAUUAUUUAUUCAAAAUUGUCCUUAUUGGUGAUUGUGGUACGGGUAAAACAUGCAUUGUGCAACGAUUGAAGUCCGGUAAUUUCAUUGAAAGACACGGCAAUACAAUAGGCGUAGACUUUUCUAUGAAAACUUUAAUAGUAGACGGCAAGAAGGUCAAGCUUCAGAUAUGGGACACUGCAGGACAAGAACGUUUCAGAACAAUAACACAAAGUUAUUAUCGUUCAGCCAAUGGAGUCAUCAUAGUCUAUGAUAUAACAAAAAGAUCUACAUUUUUGUCCUUGCAAAAGUGGAUAGAGGAAGUAAGGCGCUAUACAUCAUCUAAUGUAAUAGUUUCACUGAUAGGCAACAAAUGUGAUCUAACAGACCAACGAGAAGUUGAGCCAGAUGAACCUAAGUCAUUUUGUCGUUAUGUUCCUGAAAUUAUGUUUGUAAUGGAGACGUCUGCAAAAGAUAACACAAAUGUUGAGGAUACAUUCCGCAGCUUAGCUACGGAACUAAAGAGGCAACAUGAUAGUAGUGAAGGUCCUCCAGCUGACUCAGAUUCGGUAGUGCUAGGUGAAAGUCACCCAGUAAGUAGGUGCCAGCCCUGUAGAUCUUCU